UUGUAGUUUAAGUUUAUUUAUUUAAUUAAUUUGGAAUAUUUUUCCAUGGUUACAUGAUUCAUGUUCUUUCCCUCCCCUCUUUCACCCCCCUCCCAUAGCCAAUGAACUAUUCCACUGGGUUUUACAUGUGUCUUUGAUAUUAUUGAUAUUUGCCCUAGGGUGAACGUUUAGAGUCUACAUCCCUGAUCAUAUCCUCAUUGACCCAUGUGAUUGAGCAGCUGUUUUUCUUCUGUGUUUCUGCUCCCACAGUUCUUUCUCUGAAUGUGGAUAGCAUCUUUUUCACAAAUCCCUCAGAAUUGUCCUGGGUCAUUGCAUUGCUGCUAGUAGAGGAGUCCAUUACAUUUGAUGGUACCACAGUGUAUCUGUCUCUUUGGACAAUGUUCUCCUAGUUCUGCUCCUCUCACUCUGCAUCACUUCCUGGAGGUCGUUCCAGAUCACAUGGAAUUUGGAGGAAGGAUUCUUAAUUCUCUAAGAAGCAGGAGUCUGCAAUCUAAACUCCUAGCCAGAGAAGGGAGAUGUCCUGGGCAGUACCAGCUUUGAGAGAAGACAAAAUUUGUGAGGUUCUAAGUUCAAGAGUUGGGAGACUGGGGCAGCUAGCUAGGCACAGACCUGGGCUCAAAUUUUGCUUCAGGAACUUCCUAGUUGGGUGACCCUGGGUAAUUCACUUAACCCCAGUUAUCUAGUCCUUGCUGCUCCUUCUCUCUUAGAACUGAUAUUAAGCCAAAAGGUAAGUUUAAAAUAAUAAAAAGAGUUUGGAGACUGAACCUUCUGGAGAGAGAAGGGGAUUUCCUGAUGUUGUGCGGUGCUGCCUGUGAAGACUGCCCACGUAGCUCCUGAACAGUGUACUAUCUGGAGAGUAAAUCCAGUGAGUUACUCAAAUAGCAAAGAUCAAAUGAAAAAAAAAAAAGUGGUUCAGAACCCAUUGCAUUUACUUUCCAGGGGAAUCAAGAAAUAAACAUAAAGCUCCUAUUAUGUGGCAGGCACUGACCUAAGCUCUGGGGCUAUAAGAACAGGGCAAAAGACAACCCCCACCUUCCAGGAGCUUAUAAUCUAACAGGAAAGACAAUGUGCAAACAAAUAUAAUCUAAAGCAAUAAUAGAUAUAGGCAUAUAAUGUAAUAGAUAAUAAUAACAGAUAAAGAGUAAAUAGGAAAUAAUGAACAGAGAAAGCACUAGGAUUGAUGGGAUAGCUAGGUGACUCAGUGGAUAAUCAGAUCUAGAGAUGAGGAGGUCCUCAGACCCUUUCUGUGUGACCCUGGGCAAGUCACUUAACUCUUGUUAUCUAGCCCUUACCUAAGCUCUUCUGCCUUGGAAUGGAUACCUAGUAUGAAUUCUAAGACAGAAGGUAAGGCUUUUAAAAUAAAAAUUCUUAUUUGGGGGGGAGUAUGGGGGCACCUGGGUGGCUCAGUGGAUUGAGAGUCAGGGCUAGAGAUGGGAGGUCCUGGGUUCCAAUCUGGUCUCAGACACUUCCUAGCUGUGUGACCCUGGAUAAGUCACUUAACCCCCAUUGCCUAGCCCCCUUACUGCUCUUCUGCCUUGGAACCAAAAUACAGUAUUGCUUCUAAGAUGGAAGGUGAGAGGUUAAAAAAAAAUUACCCUGAGAUCAUCUCUAAGUCCAUUCUGUUCUGAGGGGAUCAGUUUUGCCCUUUGAGAACUUCAAGCAAUUUGUGUGUCUAUCUGUAGCCUCCUGUGAGUCCUUCGUCCCUUCUGCCUCUUCUCUGAAGGAGAUGAAAGGCUGUCCCAUGCCCAGCAUGCACUUAUUACCCUGACUGUUUGUAUGGGAGCGAGGUGAUGCCGUCCCCCAUUUGGAGCUGGACAUGAGCUAGACGUUGGGAACACGAGAUUUUCCCCGGAACAGCCCGAGGUGGGCACGACGCGCUGCAAGGCGAGGUUGCCCUUCUUGGGUCAGACUCCCAGGAUCUGGCGAGGUCCGCGUGCGCCUGGCAUGUUUGGAGUAGGGCCUCUCCGGGUUACACUGUGGUUAACAUUUGUGUCUGGUCAUUCGAGUACCCAGACCAGCUGGCCACAUCCCUCAGGCCCCCCCUCCUCUGCCAACAGAGUGGAAUCCAGAAGCAAAAUAUUUUUCGGCCUCGGUCACUGUGGCACGCUGGGUGCCAACCCGCCAGGCCCUGCUUCCUGCUAGCGUGGGGGGCUUGGGCUCCCCAGGACAAAUGUUUCCAUUUCAUGUCUUUAGCACAUUGCCCAAUCCAGGGGGCGGAGGAAGGCUGUGUGGCUGGGGGAGGGGGCCCAAGUGGUCCCGGUGGCUUCCCCCAGCACUGCCAGCCCCUGGAAUUCUCCAGAAUCUUCUCAGAAUGUGCCUCGGGCCUCUUCUCCUCCCUUGCGCCCCUGUGCCGAGAUGUGAACACGGGCAGACGUCCACGGGAUUGCAGAGCUGGCCCUCUCUUGGGCCACCCCCUGGGGUUGGAGGAGAGAACUGGGCAGUCAGUCAGAGGUUAGGGGGAGGAUCACAAGCAAAGAGGCAGGGAGCAGCUCCAGGAAAUGUUUGCCUUUCCCCGCCAGGAGGGAUGGCAAACAAGCCUUCGGUGCCUUUCGGGCAGUUUGCGCUAGCCAGACGAGAGGGAUUCCAGAGAGGAACGGCCGGCCCAGAAGGAACAGUUUUCCAACCACUCUUCGGGAGAGAAAAAAGAAGGCGUUGCGAGUGGGACCAAGGGAUGCCUGGGAUCUGUGUGCUGCUGCUGCCCGGGAAAGGACCGCUGAGCCGGCAAGCUCGUCGCGUGCCCUCUGGGCACUCCCGUGCCACUUUUCUCCCAGGGACGCCACCUGCUUGUGAGGCCCCUGGGUCUGGGCCAUUUCCUGAUUGCUGUGUCCGCUCUUGGGCGGGAGAGAGCAGCCCGGCUGUGAUGUGGGACCCCUGCAGCCCAGGGUGGUGAGGCCGAUGCCAGCCUACUGCCAAGGGAGGUUCGGAUAGCCGGCGGACUGGCAGAGCGCCCCGGCUCUCUCUCCACCAUGAACGGAACGUGCUGCCUCAUCCAGGGGGACACCAUCGCCCAGGUGAUGCCUCCCUUGCUGGUCCUGGCAUUCGUGCUUGGAGCCCUGGGCAACGGGCUUGCUCUGUGCGGCUUCUGCUUUCACAUGAAGUCGUGGAAGCCGAGCACCAUCUACCUCUUCAACCUGGCCGUGGCCGACUUCCUUCUGAUGGUGUGCCUCCCCUUCCGGACCGAUUACUACCGCAAGAAUCGCAAGUGGGGGUUUGGGGACGCCCCCUGUCGGCUGGUGCUGUUCAUGCUGGCCACCAACCGGGCCGGCAGCAUCGUGUUUCUCACCGUGGUGGCCAUAGAUCGCUACUUCAAGGUGGUCCACCCGCAUCACACCUUGAACGCCAUCUCCAACCGGACGGCGGCUGGCCUCGCCUGUGCCCUCUGGGUCCUGGUCAUCGCGGGGACGCUCUACCUGCUCACCGAGACCCACCUGUGCGUGCAGGGCCACACGGUGUCCUGUGAGAGCUUCAUCAUGGAGUCUGCCAACGGCUGGCACGACAUCAUGUUCCAGCUGGAGUUCUUCCUGCCGCUGGCCAUCAUCUCCUUCUGCACCUUCAACAUCAUCGGCAGCCUGAGGCAGAGGCAGCAGCUGACCAGGCAGAGGCGGGUGAAGAAGGCUACCCGGUUCAUCGUCGCGGUGGCUGCCGUCUUUGUCACGUGCUACCUGCCCAGCGUCUCGGCCAGGCUGUAUUUUCUCUGGACGAUCCCUUCGAGUGCCUGCAACGGGUCUGUGCACGUGGCGCUUCACGUCACCCUCAGCUUCACCUACAUGAACAGCAUGCUGGACCCGCUGGUGUACUAUUUUUCCAGCCCUUCGUUCCCCAAAGUCUAUACCAAAUUCAAGAUCUGGGGCCCGAGACCCAAGCCCGCAGGAGAGUCAAAGGCGCAGAACCCCAGGGGGACGCCGGCGUCCAAACUCUGCCCCGAGAGCUGCAUCGGGGUGGAGAAUCACUCCAGAAGCUGUCCAGAAGUGCAGUGGGACCUCCAAAUAUUCUGAAUUCAUGAGGACGGGAAAGACAAAAGAUAGGGGAUAGGGAAGCCAUUUGUGGGGAGUCAAUGGGGGCAGCAGGGAGGGGAGAAGAGGAGGUUGCCUUGGAAAAUACAGCCUUCCCUGGGGAGCUCCUCAAGAAAUGGAUGGAAUCCCCACUAUUAAACCUCUUUGCCACGUUCCAGA